AUGAACGACCUGUUUAAGAAUCACAGUUCCAUCGUCUGGCCUGCGAAGAACCGAAACGACACCAUUGUUCUCACUUGCGACACAGCCUUACAGACAAUCGUGGAUUUUGAAUGGACAGAUAACCAUUUUCACUGGAACCCUGAAGACUACAGUGGAAUAAACAAUCUCGUCGUUCCCCUUGAUUCUAUUUGGAAGCCAGAUGUUUAUCUCGGUCAAAGCCGUAAAAAAGGUAACAACGGCGUAGCUGACAGCCAUCCACUGGUGACAAGCGGUGGCGUCGUCUACUGGAACACGCCAGCGAACCUACACACCCACUGCCGAAUAGAUGCGUCUUACUUCCCGUUUGACGAGCAACGCUGUCUGCUGCAGUUUAGCUCCUGGUCCUACAACGACGAUGCCCUGCACGUUGAGGUGAAGAACCCAUAUGGAGAUAUAUCGAAAUAUCAGGACAACGGGAUAUGGGAACUACUUGCGGUGUUGCAGAAUGCAAGUGUAACAUAUUACAACUGUUGCCCAACGCCCUACAGUACCUUCACCAUCACUAUUAUCUUGAGGCGUCGGCCACUGUUCUACAUAUCCAACUUACUCAUACCCUGCCUUCUUAUCGUGGCUACCACCUUGUGCAGCUUCUUGCUGGCUGUGGAUUCAGGUGAGAAGACCAGCUUGGUAGUGACCAAUCUGCUGUCUCUUAUUGUCUUCAUGAAUCAUCUAUCAAAUGCAGUGCCCUCAACGGCGGACGGGAUCCCGCUCAUGGUUAAGUACAUCGCAGUUACAAUAGCCAUAGUGUCCAUAUCCAUGGUUGUUACCAUAUGGGUUCUACGAAUUCACUACCAGCCAAGUCUGGUAACGCCGGCGCCAGGGUGGCUGAAGAGGCUUACAUUCACUUAUAUGGCUAAGCUCCUCCUCGUAUGGGCACCACAUUACAAAGAGGUGCCAGCAGCAGAUGUUGCCAGAGGUGUACCUAUCGUUCUGUUACCCUCUUACAGUCAACAGGGAGAAUCCUCCUCUCCAGGGUCGCGCGUGGAAGAUGCGGUUGCUGUUGUAAGCCAAAGGCUCAAGUGUCUCACCUCCCGUUGCAAGAGGAAGGACGCAGCCAAGGAGAUCCUGUCGGAGUGGAAGCAUGUUGCCAGGAUCAUCGACCGCAUGCUCUUCCUGUUGUUUCUGGUGGUAACUAUCGCCAUGACCUCUCCGAUUUUGCUACAGUCUAAGCCGCUCUCCACAGCAAAGCAAAUUGCGAUGUGGCAAGGGACCAGGCAGUGAGAUGGCC